AGAGGCAACCGGUCGGUCAGGCGAACAGCAACUGGCCAGCUCUCAAAGGGGAAGUGUAUAUAAAAGAGCGAAGUCAAAGCUCAUAAAAUUGACACUCAGUUUGUGAAAAUGACGGAUACGAAAACAACAAGUGAUAAGUGAUAAAAUAAAAAUAGUGCCAAGUGUAAGUGCCAGUGCGUAGCAAACAAGUAAAUCAAUUGAUUUUUGUGAAUUGCAAUUAGAUACUGCCAGAAUAAGUGGGAGGUUUUCCAGAAUGCCAUUGCUGCCGACCAUCGAGGAGGAGGGUAAACUGCCCUGGCUACGACUUAUGUGGCGCUAUCGCCUGCAAUUUCAGUCCAUGACCGCGGCUUCGCUAGUGUUUGUGGGCAGCGGAAUGCGACUGGCCUGGUCGAUAUUUGAUACGCCCGCGGGCAAAUAUCUGAACAACUACAGUACACACAAUCUGAUGAUGAGCUGGUUUAUUGGUGCCGCUGUCGGUGCUCUGCUGGCGUCGUGUUUUGUGCAGCGCGUUACCAAAAACGUGGCCUACACCUCCAGUGGAUUUCUAUUGCUUGUGGCUGGUAUAUUAAAUCUGGUGCUGCCGAGUCACUUCACCACCGCCUGCUACAGCAGUGUGAGCGUCGGCGCUGCCUAUGGAUUGACCCAGGUGCAGGCACUGGUUACCGGCUCCGAGAUGGCCCACAAGUCUAUACGCGGCAUGCUGCUCAGCUGUGAGAGAAUAUUUCUCUGGCUGGGCGUUUGCAUUCAGGUCUUCUAUGCGCGUGUCUGGUACACCGUGGAGCGAGGACACACCAUGCACAUAGACCAGCUGCAUGGCAUCUUGCUGGCCGCCUUGGGCGUGGCGGCGGUCAUUCUGUCUCUGUCGUAUCGCCUGGAAUCGCCGCUGUUGCUGCUGCGCCAGGAACGGGACAUGGCAGUGGGUGAUACACUGAAGCAACUCAAUGGUCAGUCGCAGUCGGGCACGGAACUGCUGCGUCUGCGCGAGGAUUGCCGACAACUGCACAAUACACGCGAUUGGGAGCAGUUUACAGAUGGUUUAUCAGAUGAUCGCUGGCAACGCUGGCUGCGUUGUCUGCUGCCGCUGCUGAAGGUGCUCUUCCUGCGCUGCUUUGCCACUCUGGCACUAUCGUUGCCAUACAAUCGCGCCUUCCUCGUGGUCAGCUGGCAUGGUCUCGAGUGCGAUAUGAAUUGCCUGUAUUGGCUGGCAUUCUGCGGCCUGCUUGGCAGCGUCGCUGGCGCCCUGCUCGUGGAUUGGCAGGGUCGACGCAAACUUUGCUCGUUGUCGCUAUUUGUGGCUGGCAUUGUGAUUGUCAUGGUUGGCGGCGUCUUUGAACAUCUGGAGUCGGUCAAGAAGACCUACUAUGACAUCAAUCUGCAGGCAAUUGCACUGCUCAUGCUGCUCUUCGAGGUGAUUGUAACAGCAGGCGUGGCUGUGCCCGCUUUAGUCUACACUGCGGAAGCAUUCAGCGUGGCCCACAAGGCAAGAUGUUUUGGUGCCGUCCUCAUCUGCGAGCAGGCGUUGCACCUGGGACUCAUGGUGGCCGCCUUCGAGCACAGCUUCAGCGAUUCGAUCUUCUUUUUCACAUUUGGUGGCCUGAGCUUUGCCUUUGGACUGCUCGUCUUCAUGCUAAUGCCCGAGACGCGGCAGCUAACACUCUACGAGUGCCUGCUUAAGUUUAAAAAAGUUCCUUAGACCUUAACUGUUAAGCGAGUAGCCAUCUGGUUACUAUCUCUAUGUAUCUAUCCUAAGUUGUAUGCAUUUAUCUCUAAUAGCAAUUAAACUAUCCCUGUAUGUGUGUUAA